UGCCGUCCACAGAGCCACCAGCCUCUAGAAUUGCCUGUCUGUACUCCUUCCCCACCUACACACGGAAAGAGAAACAAAACAAAAACAGUUUGCAGAGAAAAUGGCAGUGGAGAAACGUCUUGCGUUCUCUAUUGUGCAGUUUCUGCGAGAUCAAACACACUGUGGAGCUUUGAAUUCUGAUGAACAAGAAAGCCUCGAAGUCGCAAUCCAAUGUUUGGAGACCACCUUUAGGAUCAACUCCAGUGACUGCCACCUGGCUGUGCCACAACCUUUGACAGAGAUAUUCCUCAAUUCUCUUCUGAAGAACGACAACCUGACAGUACCAGAGACAUCUCCCUCCUCUGCGGAUAUUGAAAGAGCAGAGCAGCUGAAAAAUGAAGGAAACAACCACAUGAAGGAAGAGAACUACAGCUGUGCUGUGGACUGUUACACAAAAGCCAUUGACCUGGACCUAAGAAAUGCUGUAUACUACUGUAACAGGGCUGCAGCACACAGCAAACUGGGCCACUACACAGAGGCCACAAGUGACUGUGAUAGAGCCAUAGGCAUCGACCCCAGCUACAGCAAAGCGUACGGAAGAAUGGGCUUGGCCCUGACUGCCACAAACAAGUAUCCAGAAGCUAUUUCCUACUUCAAAAAAGCUUUGGUGUUAGAUCCGGAAAAUGACACGUACAAGUCCAAUCUGAAGAUCGCAGAGCAGAAGCAGAAGGAAGCUGUCAGUCCAACUGUCACUGGGUUGGGAUUUGAUAUGGCAAGCCUCAUCAACAACCCCGCUUUCAUCAGCAUGGCUGCUAGCGUGAUGCAGAACCAACAAGUGCAACAGCUAAUGUCAGGAAUGAUGUCCAAUGCAGUUGGAGGGUCAGCAGCAGGGGUAGGAGGAUUGUCAGACAUUUCCAGCUUGAUCGAAGCCGGACAGCAGUUUGCCCAGCAGAUCCAGCAGCAGAACCCGGAGCUGAUAGAACAGCUGAGGAACCACAUCCGGAGUCGUUCCUUCAGCGGCAGCGCCGAGGAACACUCCUGACUCCUGGGGCAAUACAGAGGAAGGGGACCGUAUGACGUGAUUACAAUCUCUACACCCAUUCCUUAAACUCACAUCACCGGCAGGGCUGGACUGAAGAGACGGAGAUGCAAUUGAUGGCACUUUACUGUGACUGGGGCUUUGGGGAGAGAAAGAGGAAACAGAGCGACCUACACAUUCUAGAUAUACGAUCGGAAGAAAGAAAAAAAACAGAGAAAUUGUAAAUCACAUCGAUAUUGACGGUACACGGCCACUGGUUUCUUUCUUGAACGCUGUUUCAUUCCGCGUGGAUUUGUGUUCUAUGUGUUGUGCUGUAGUAGUAAUGUGGAAAGUAUUGCCAUGUUCAGAUGCAGACUUAUGUAUACUUCCAUCCCCUGUAGUUAUCACCUGCAGAAGGCUAAACAGGAAUAAUGCAUUACUUUAGUAUUUGAACAGGUAGUAUUUCUGCUGUAUUUCAUAACUACAGGACAGUCACACACAACAGCAGGGUUCUAGAUUUAUUAUAUUAUGUUUGAAGUUAUUAUUUUUGUACUGAAUGUUGGGUGACACCCAUAGCCUUUUAUCACACAUAAUUUAACCAUUGCUUUAAACUGCACUAAACAGAAUGGCAAUUUUCCAAUGAUAUAUAGUAAGCCCUUAAUAACCAUGUUGGCAGCCCUCUGCUUGUACCUAAACAAUUGCACCUUAGCAAACAUAAAUAUGAAAAUGCCAUUGCCCUUUACGCCUGUUUAAGUUUCCAUUACUUGGGCGAUAUUGAGAACAGUAAGGACAUAACCGAAUUGUUCAUUUUGCAUGCUUUAAUCUGAUAUUUGUGGUCACUUUAUGAAGCUUAUUGAUAUGCUUGUGAAAGAGGACAGCAUUGUUUUGUCGAAAACAUGUCAAUAAAGAUGUCUUAUU